AAACUUGAUACUUAGCGCGCAGAUUUGAAAUAAUUACGUACGUUGGCAAUUCAGCUUAUUAAACAUUGAGGUGCAGAUGGAAUGCAGGAUGCAUGAGACUAAUUAAAUGAAUGAUUAUGGUAUACGUAUCAUAUUUCAGUUGCAUAUAUGUAGGUACUUUACAAAAUUAAUUAGCUAGCGUAACAUGAUGCGAUUUGCAGUUGUGUCACCUUUAACUUAUUUCUUCCCGUUAUUUAUUCAACUUGCGUCAGUAUUUGGUAUUAAAAAUGUAUUUUAAUAUUGUUGCGCUCAAACAACAUACAUAAUUCACUGACAAUUACCAAUUCAAUGAGAUUUUGCCGUAACAUAGGAAGAUCAGGUAACGGUUCCCAAUAGAUGGAUGUUCUAACUUAAUUCAGUUUGUUUGGGGACGCAGUCGGGUCAAGUCCUGAUUCCUUCCAAGAAGUGCACAUUGUGUUAUCAUUUAAACUAUAAUAAGAUAUUAUGAUUUGCAACAGAAAUAAAACUUUAUCGAAAUUCAUCAAAUUCAAAUUCAAUAAGCGUUUAUCACACGAUGCUGCUCCAGCACCCAAGUCUAUUGAAUUUAUGCCGCGUCCAAAAUCUCUGCCUCUUGUGGGAACUAAAUUGGAUUUCAUAGCUGCUGGAGGUGGUUCAAAAUUGCACGAGUAUGUCGAUAUUCGUCAUAAACAAUUAGGUUCCAUCUUUUGUGACAAAUUAGGAGGAAGUGUAGAUUUAGUAUUUGUUAGUGAUCCCGCACUAAUAAAAACACUAUUUCUAAAUCUUGAAGGAAAGUAUCCCAUACAUAUAUUACCAGAGCCAUGGGAAUUGUAUGAAAAGCUUUAUGGUUCUAAAAGAGGCUUAUUUUUCAUGAAUGGGGAGGAAUGGUUAGAAAAUCGAAGAGUUGUGAAUAAAUAUUUAUUGAAAGAAAAUUCUGAAAAAUUAUUCGAUAAUCCAGUUAAAAAUACUAUCAACCAAAUGAUACAGAAAUGGACAACUGAGGCAAAGAAGGGCUCUUAUGUGCCAAACUUAGAGAGCGAAUUUUAUCGACUAUCUAUUGAUGUGAUAAUAUCAGCAAUGCUAGGCAGUUCUACUUUCCAUAAGUUUAGCGCACACAGUGAUGCUUUAUUGACUGCAUUUGCGGAAGAAGUCAAAAAAAUAUUUCAGACCACAACGAAAUUGUAUGGCUGGCCUGUAAACAUGUGCCAGAAGCUGAAUUUAAAAGUUUGGAGGGAUUUCAAAAAUUCUGUUGAUAUAUCACUAUUCCUAGCUAACAAAAUUGUCGCGGAGAUGAUAAAUAAGAAACAACCCAAAGACGGACUGAUUAAUCUUCUUAUUGAAGAAAAUCUUAAACCAGAAAUCAUAAAAAGGAUUAUCGUCGAUUUUGUCAUCGCUGCUGGUGAUACGACGUCUUAUACCACAAUAUGGACAUUGUAUCUAUUGUCUAAGAACAAAGAUGUGAGACAGGAACUAUUUAAAAGAAAUUCUAUUAUAAACUAUGCGAUAAAGGAAUCUAUGAGAUUAUAUCCUGUUGCACCGUUUUUGACCAGGAUUCUGCCCAAAGAAUGCAUCUUCGGAGCUUACAAACUUAAAGGAGGCACUCCAAUAAUAGUUUCCAUUUAUACAUCUGGAAGAGAUGAGCAAUACUUUAGUAGAGCUACAGAAUAUCUGCCUUACCGUUGGGACCGCAAUGAUGAAAGGAGGAAACAUCUUGUGAACCAUGUGUCUUCUGCUUCAUUACCAUUUGCUCUUGGGGCCCGGUCAUGUAUAGGUAAAAAGCUAGCAAUGCUACAAAUGACAGAACUUAUAACUCAGAUGGUACAAAACUUUGAUUUUGAAUGUAUAAAUAAAGAUGAAGUUACUUCCAAAACUUCUCAGGUACUUGUACCUAGUCAAGAAAUCAAGUUAUCUUUCUCGUUGAGAAAACCGGAAUGUGCUGAAUAGACCUACAAAAUAAUAUGAUUUAUUUUUUUGUAUUAUAUGAUAGAUCACAUUCUAUGUAGUAUUAUAGUCAAGACGCUUACGACAUAACUUUAGGGGCACAAUCUCCACGGGUGAAUAUAUCGCGACGAUACCUGGUUAGGCUGGUUACACAGGGACGCGAGUGCAAAACUGCGGACACGCAGCGAUAUAGUCGUCUUGCUACUCCUUUUUUUAAUAUUUCUGUAUAAGGAGUAAGGAGUCACAUAUGACGAUACUACCGCUGCGAAACAAAAAUGACUAGAAGACCAAAAGUUGAACGCAGUCAGACAAUUUUCAAACUCAAAACAAAUGGGUAAUGUUUGUGUAUCUGACUAUAGAUUCCGAACGAUAGCAAGAAAACAUGAAUAGACAACAAUGGAUAUUACCGAUUGAUAGCUGUGUGGACUUGUGGACGAUUUAUGUGUACUUAGACAAAAACUUGGAUGAAAACUAUGUAUGAAUACCUAUAUUCCAUUCCAUUGAUACCAGCAAAACUAUCACCGUGAAGUGGCGCGUUUGCGGUACAACACGAUAUUAGUAAAAGAACUCGUGUUAAUCCUAGACCAUCCUAGAUAACUAAAGACGUUUAUCGGACACAUGGCUAUCCGUCGAAUCUUGUGAUCUUGUAUAUUGUUUACAUAUCUACAUAAAACUAUAUAAUUGUUUCGCAUUAGAAAUCACGGCGACAUACUCGCUCAUGGAGGUUUUGGAGAUGCCUUAUUUAUAGUCUUUUAACUUAUGACAAUGAUCAAUAAUGACGAAAAUAUAAGUAAAUUAUAAUUAAUAAUACGCAAUGUAUACAAGUAAAUAUAAAUUUAAUCAACAUUAAGCAGCCUAACUUUUAUUUAAUCCUAAACAUACAACAUUAAAGUAUUUGUAAUAUUGACUGUUAUAAAAAGAUAUACACUUGCAAUUUUAAUUCAUGAAUAAUUAAUUGGAUAAUGUAAUACAGUGCCCAAAAAGACGAUUUAAGAAAUUAUGUUAGUUAUUUACUUAUAUUAAUAAUAAAAUUAUGAUAUCACAAAUAUUGACUGGGUGGGUAAUUCAUUAUAUAAAUGUUUUAAAAUUUUAAAUAAAUGCAAUAACCAUAACAUGUUAAAUUUAAACCUAUGUAAAUAUCUAGCGUAAUAAAAUAUGUAUUGCUAUAAGUGGCAGUUAUA